AUGUUUUCUGCAUCACCACGAAGGCGCACAUACACCCGCCCCACCACGUGUUUCGGUGUCUUCGAAACAACUGGAGAGUCCGUGGUAAUGGCACCGCUCGGAAGCCGGUACGGGUGGAUUUCCACUCCAAGCACGCUCCGGUGUCGUGGUAUAUCGAGCGAGAAAAAACAAGAGGUGCCAUUUACAUUGAUGUGCAACACAUCAAUAUGCAACACUCUUGAACCCGGUUGCUUGUAUGGGCCGAUCGGCAAGAUACCCGUCGAACUUGGCAACAAGACCUCAAUCACCGGGCUCGGUCAUGUGAUCAAGCGAACUGAAGUCGAAGCUCCCCAGCAAAGCAGAAAGAAUUGGCUUGAGGUAAUCGUCAAACACAAUGGCUAUGACUAUGAGAAACGUGCCCACAUUCCCUUUUCAGUGAAAUAUCUUGUCUCAUCGCAGCCCAACCUCGUGAACACCCAUGUUUUAUACCAGGUUGGACGAGAGGUUGAAGUCAAUGGAAUGCUUGUAGAUUGGGAUGAGACUAAUAAUAGGGCGGUUGUACUUGUUGAUAGUGUCAGCAUUAUAUCGGGCAGUGAUUUGCCCACGAUGAGUUCGGAAACUCAGUUCAUAGCUUUGAUUCCCUACAUCCACGAUCCAAGUGAGUCUGCAUUUAGCGAAGCAGACUCGUCGUCCGAUUCUCCGAUUAAAGAAGAAGACGUUUCCGACUAUGGCCCGCCGUCUGUCUCCGAUGAGGAGCACCCCGACGUCGAUUCCAAAAGUUUUUCCGAAGACCCUUUAGAUAAAAAACCAGCUCAUUUCACCAUUCAGGCGCCAACUACGAAUAAACAAGGUCCUUUCGUCAAAAAGCGCAAAUAUUCUACGUAG